GUUGUCAAUUCACACAGGUACGUCGGCGGUAUCUGUUUAGCUAGUGGGACGACAGCCUGCUUUAAUAACUGCAUUGCGAGAUCCUGAUGACAGGCACUGUGUGCUUGGCAAAGUUCACCACCGGCCAACGCGACACUGGAUCGUAACUCUUAUAUGUAGCGGUGUUUAUCCUGUGAUUCAAGCUAUGGAUGAUACUGGACGGGGAGAAACAGAUCUGCACCUUCUCCCGGACGGGGAGGAGGAAGAACAGCCCGACCCCCGGGUUAAGGAUGAACUUGAAAACCUGAACCAGACAAGUGUUGAGGUGAACCGACUGGAGAAUGAACUUGAUGAAGCUAGGGCUAAAUACAGGAUGACGUUUACAGAAGCUUCUCACAAAAUGGCACUGAUUUCAAAAGACAAGAAGAAGAGCAUUCAGAAGGCAAGGGAAUAUUACGAAUUGCGCGAGGAAGCGAAAAAGGUACAGAGCGAGUCUCUGAAGUCAGCGCGUCAGUACCAGUCCGCCAUCGGGAUUUACAGGGCCGCUAAGGAAACAGUGGCGUUGGCCGAGGAACGCCUAUUACAGGGCGGUGAAGUUCAGUUGACGUCAGCAUGGCAGGAAAUGCUUAACCAUGCCACCAUAAGGGUGAUGGAAGCUGAGCGGGAGAAAAGGAUGAGCGAGGAAAAACAUCAGAAAACCACGUCCCGUUGGAGGGACCUGGAAAACAGGAUACAGGAAUUGGAGCGGAAGUUUAAACGAGCUAUUUCCAACGCAAGAGGAUACUUCGAGAUGAAACAACAAUUAGAUUUACGACUACAGCAACAAAAACAGAACGUCCUUGACCUUCAGCAAGCAAUCAAGGGUUAUAAAGUGAAGUAUGCCGAGUCCCUCCGAACGUUGGAACAGAUUUCAGAGUCAAUUCAUGAAUCAAGACGUCAGAAUUUGAUACUCAUGUUUCCAAGGCAGCCAGGCGUUGGAGCCGAAUCUGCAAAUGUUUCACCAUGUAUAUCUGAAUUGUCACUAGAAAAAUGUGAAGAUAAGCAGAUGUGGAUGUCUGAUGAUGAAACAUUUGACGAUGAUGAUCUGGCCGAUUCUUCCCAUAAAACCUCAGUACAUUCUGCAGAUUAUUUUGUCUCACCGGAUGUUGUCUCAGAACUCAACACGGGUAGCAAUGACGUCACAAAAACGGGAUCAAAAUUGAGACCAAGUGAUGAUGAAGUCAGGAUUAACAAUAGAAUAGCAAAUCCCCCUGACGGAACAAGGCAACUUGAUGAAAAAUCAAUAAAUGUUCAAGUUGAACCCGAAUGUAAGAACAGACAGGCGAAACAUGAAAGUGAAAGAGAAUCAAGUGUAGACGAAGAGGCGCGGGACGUAGAAAGUUCUUCGGAAAAUAUAAGACGUCUGUCAGUGUGUGACGGUAAUGAUACAAACGAAACAACAAAAAAUUCUAACGAGUCUCGUGAUUACGACGAUAAAGGACAAAAGGUGCUACAAGUGGACAACAGGACUGGCUAUGACUCGCAUGAACCAUCUGGCAGUGGUACACCAAUGUUGGAACUUAAUACAAAAUAUUUGGAGACCAAUUACUAAAACUUAUGCAAGACUGAAACAAAAGGAUAGUAGAAACGUUUGUGAUAUAUAUGUAAACUGUUUUUAGGAUUAAUUAGUUACUAGUAAGACAACAUCAGCAUAAUUAAAAAUGGAGGAUGUGCUGGUGUGUUGCCGAAAUACAGCUUGAUAGACAUUUGCAUGAAUUGUUCUCUCAGUGAUCUUGUGGCGGAUAAAAUAAUAUGUUAAAUAUGAGUAUGUGUCGUCUACAAAGAAGUAACACUAUCAAAAUUGAGAAAGAAAUGGCAUUAUGUUUUUUUCUUUAAUUUCAAAAUGAAAUGAAUGCUCUAAAUUUCUACAUUAUAUGCUUGUUUGUGAUGAUUACAGACUUCUAAUAGAUGGAGACGAAGAACGUAUUUUUAUAUAUACUAAAUGAACAGUUUCUGGUCACGGAAAUAUUACUUUGAAAAAUACAUUCCCUUUUCAAACAA